AUGUCAACUGCAACACCCAGAAAACCUGCUAAACGCAGUACAAGGAAAACUACUCGUGAAGCAUCUGUCGCUACAAAUGAGUCCACCUCUUCUUCAAAAGCUAACAUGAAUACUACCACUUCUCCAAUAAAGCGGACUCGUGUUCAAGAAAAAUAUGAACUAGGUAAUCUUAACAAUAGAUUAGCCAAUUACAUUGAUAUUGUCAGACGCUUGGAGAAUGACAAAUCUCAACUUGAAAUGAAACUUCAAGAAGUUGAAACAUCAUACAGUUCGCGAAAUGAUAAAAUUUGCACUCAAUUGGAAAAUGAACUCCAGGAUGUUAGAGAUAGACUUGAUCAAUUAAAUAGAGAAAAUGCCACAUUGGCAGUUGAAAGAGAUCGUGCUGAGGCUAGACUUCGUGAUACAACUUCUCAAUUAAAUGAUUGGAAAAGCAAAGCUGAAUAUGGUGAGAUAUUUACUGAUCAGCAAAAGGUUAAGCUUAAGGCACUUGAAGGAGAAAUUAAAAAUCUUAAAGAUAAGUUAGCUUUUGCAGAAAAAGCUUAUCAAUCUGAAAUAACAGAAAUAAAAAGAACUAGAAUUGCAGAUGUUUCUGCUAUUCAUAGAGAUGCUGAAAAUAAAUAUCAAUCACAAUUUGAGGAACAAAUGAAUGCUCUUAGAAAAGAUUAUGAAGAUAAAUUCCAAGCUAGUAGACAAGACAUUGAUAACAUGUAUCGUUCUAAGUUAAACGAUGCUAAUGAAGCAGUCAAACACGCUCGAGAAAAUUCUGCCAAAGCUACAGAAGAAGCCGCUCAUCUUAAAUUAAGAAUUUCUUCUUUUGAAUCUUCGCAAUCAACAAUGGAGAAAACAAUUUCUGAUCUUAAACAAAGAUUAAGUGAAAGUGAAGACAAAGUAGCUGGACUUCGUUCUGAAAUGAACAAACGAAUUGCUGAAAAAGAUCUUGUAAUAAAUGAUAUGGACCAAGAAAUUAAAAAUCUCAUGGAACAAUACCGUGAUCUCAUGGAUAUUAAAGUUCAACUCGAUGUUGAAUUAGAUGCCUAUCGUCAUUUAUUGGAAGGUGAGGAAACCCGUUUGAAUAUAACCAAUGUUUCUUCUGCUGAUCUUUCAAAUAGACAGGAUCUCAAUGCUUCUUCAUCUUUUUUAUCUGGAAGUGUUCUAAGAAAUUUUUUUGGGACUGAGAGAAGAUCUGUGAAAAGACCACGUUUAGAAGAAAGACAACCUGUCGAACAAGUUAUUGAAAUAAUUAAUAACGAACCAGUAACCGUUGUUAAAAACUAUAGCAUUAUUGCCGAAUCUUUUGGACCAUUAGAAAUUGCUGAGGUUGAUACUGAAGGUGCUUUUAUUAAAAUUCAAAAUAAAGGAACAGUUAGCAUUUCUUUAGAGGGAUACAAACUUAGAUUGGCAUCACUUGAAAAAGAUGUUGUUUAUAAAUUUACAAACAAGCAGCCAUUACCUUCCAAUGGUACUGUGACAGUUUAUUCUGCUAAUGCUGGAUUCAAACACAAUCCACCAAGUAAUCUUGUUAUGAAGAAUCAAGAGUGGAUUCUUGGUGACGCUUUUAGACUUGAAUUGUUUGAUUCCAAUGAUGAAGUUGUUGCCUUUUAUGAUGGAAAAAGUACCUCUACAGAAGAACUUGAUCCUGUUCGCGAGGGAAGAGAAAGUUGCAGAGUUAUGUAA